AGUUCUUGUCACGGAUAUAACCACUAUGAAAGAGGUCCACAGCUCGGUGGUGAUUGACAGGAGUCGUUGGAUGGCACCAGUCAGUAUAAGAUGCUCGGUGACUUUAUUGGUCCCGGGGACCCCCUGUGACAGAGGAUCGGUGAUCAGCGACUACGUACUUCUACAGCUUCUGGUUUGAACAUGGCGAAGAGAGUAAGCAUCAUGGAUAGCCACGGGGUGAAUGUGACUGUGAAUAAGAAGCCCUCACCUUCCCGGGUGCGAGUAGCGGUGCGCCUCCGGCCGUACAUGGAGAAGGGGGAAGAUGAGGUCUGUGUCCGGGGCCUGGACUCGCAGUCACUGGAGAUUGUAAACUGCAGAAACCAGCUGGAAACCAUGCAGUACCACGUUGAUGCCUUUUAUGGGGACAAUGCCACCCAGUGUGAGAUCUACAACGGCUCUGUGUAUCCACUUCUUCCUCACUUAUUAGUUGGGCAGAAUGCCAGUGUGUUUGCCUAUGGACCAACAGGAGCGGGUAAGACCCACACAAUGCUGGGGAGCCCAAGCGAACCGGGUGUCAUACCACGAGCUGUGAGAGGCCUGCUGCAGAUGACUCGGGAGGCAAAUUAUAAGCUUGAGGAGGAGAACUGGAGCUACUCAAUGACCAUGUCCUAUGUGGAGAUCUAUCAGGAGAAGGUGAUGGAUCUUCUGGAGCCCACAAACAAGGCCCUUACAAUCCGAGAAGACAAAGACCACAAUAUCCUCAUCCCGGGGGUAACUCAGAAGACCAUCAACACCUUCUCAGACUUCGAUGAACAUUUCAUUACUGCAACCCAGAACCGCACAGUGGCCUGCACCAAACUGAACAACCGCUCCAGCCGUAGCCACGCUGUGCUGCUCAUCAAGGCAGAGGAUCUCGUCCAUGCUGUUCAAGAAUUCAACCCUGGAAGGUGGUUGAGGUCUAAGCCAGUAUCUAGAUGAAUAGAAUUUCAGAAUCAAUAUGGCCGCCCCAGUCUGACUUCACACUGUCCCUAUAUUACUCUGGUGGAAAAAAA